AUGUCGAGCCGCCGCAAGUCAACCACGCCUUGCAUGGUGCUGCCAUCUGAUGUGGUGGAGCAGGAGGACGUGGAGGAGAAAACAGAGGGCGCAGGAGAGGAAGAGGUGGAGGAGGAAAUGAAGAGGAAGGAGGAGGCAGAAGAGUGUCCAACAGUAGAAGAGCUUGGUGAGGCAGUAGUAGUGGUCCCUACUCCACCAGAUACAGAUGAGCCCAAUCUGCCCACCGUAGAGGACAGCGGUAUCCUCCGUACCUCACUGAAACGGAGCGCUACAAAACCUCUGGAAGAUUUGAGUGGUGAGCAUCCAGCCCAGAACCAACAAUGUGACACACCCAAUGAGGGUGGAGAAGACCCCGCAGUUGUCACCGCCAUCUCCCUGAGCAAGACCCCCAUAAUGAGGAUGAAGAGCAAAUCUGAACCUAAGAGGAUAGCCGUCUCCCUGAAGUCGACAGAUGAGUCAGCGGAAGGGUUCGGGGGAGGUGGUGAAGGGGAUGAGGGAGGAGAGCAGGAGCCCAUCGAGGCUCCUGUGGGGCCCAUGACACCUGUGGAGAUGCUAUUCCACGACUCCAUGAAGUUAGGAGGAGGUGGCUUACUAGUCAACCUUGCCUCUUCAGAGCAGCAGAAGAAGUCGUCUGCACUCAAUCCCACUGUUUUGCCUGCUGGCCUUGCACAGGUGCUGUCAGCUUUCCAGGCCCAGCAGAGUGCAGCAGCAGCAGCAGCACAGACCCAGCUCUUGAUUCCCCUCAGCAGCAUCCCUUCUUACAGCGCAGCCAUGGACACCAACCCCCUGCUGGGCAACACUUAUAAAAAGUUCCCUUACCCAUCCAUGGCUGAGAUUGCUAGCCUGGCUGCACAGACCCAGUUCACCGAGGAGCAGAUCAAGGUAUGGUUCUCAGCCCAGCGACUGAAGCAUGGUGUCAGCUGGACUCCAGAGGAGGUGGAGGAGGCCAGGAGGAAGCAGUUUAAUGGCACAGUGCAUACAGUGCCACAGACCAUCACUGUCAUACCUGCUCACCACUUGUCAGCGGCUGCCAACGGCCUCCAGUCCAUCCUCCAAACCUGCCAGAUAGUUGGGCAGCCUGGCCUGGUGUUCACACAGGUGGGCCCAGGUGGCAACCUUCCAGCUUCCAGCCCCAUUACCUUGACUGUGGCAGGAUUGCCUAGUCAAUCCCAGAGCUCUAAAGGAGCUUCCUGUCAACCCAGCCUAGGGAACAGUGAACUAAAACGGGCCACCACUGUCCAGCCCCCAUCCCUUUCUCCACAGGAGAACUCCGCCCUUAGCGCUGACACUUUCAAUAUGCGGCCCAAGAAGUCCAAAGAGCAGCUGGCAGAGCUCAAGGCCAGCUAUCUAAAGAACCACUUUGCCAGUGAUGCAGAAAUUGCUCGGUUAAUGAAGCUCACCAACCUGACCAAAGGAGAGAUCAAAAAAUGGUUCAGUGACACCAGAUACAACCAGCGCAACUCAAAGAAUAGCCAUGUCAUUGUCUUCCAUGAUGCAGUGGCAGGCGGAAGAGGAGGCGGCAGCAGUAGCAGCAGCAGCAAUGCCCCUAUCGUCAUCGACUCGAGCGACGAGACCCCUACAUCUCCCCAUCCUCCCUGCACACCUCCUGUGAAAGAGAAGGAGACAAAGCCCAAAACAUGGAACCCUUUCCCAGACUUCACCCUGCAAAAGUUUAAGGAGAAGACACCGGAGCAGCUGGUGCUGCUGGAGGAGAGUUUUGAGAAGAACAGCACCCCGUCGGACGAAGAACUGAGUCGACUGAGGACAGAGACCAAACUGACACGAAGAGAGAUUGAUGCCUGGUUCACUGAGAGACGAAAGACGCCAACUGUCACAGCCUUGUCCUCUGAGUCCCCUGAGGGAGGGAGUAUGGAGUCUGAGGGAGGAAAAGGAGGGGAAGGAGGAAGAACAGGAGGAGGAGGGACGACUUCUCCCUCUUCUUCAUCCCUCGCGUCUCGAAAAGGUAGCCAGACUCCUCCUGGCAGUCGAUGUAAGCCGCAGCCCACAACCAGCACCAAUAAAGAUGGCAAAGAAAAAAGUAAGAAGUCUCCCGAGCAGCUCCAUGUCUUAAAGAGUGUCUUUGUGCGGACCCAGUGGCCCACAGCAGAAGAAUAUGACCGGCUGGCGGAGGAGAGUGGCCUCCCCAGGUCCUAUAUCGUCAACUGGUUCGGAGACUCACGCUACUCCUGGAAGAACGGCAACCUCAAGUGGUUCUACCAGUAUCAGAGUGGUGGUGUUGAGGGGCUUAAUGGUGGAGGCAACAAGGUGGGAGGGAGCAACAACAACGGUCGGAAGAGGCGCGCCCGUAACCGAGGCUGGGGGCGGUCACGAACCAGGAAGCAGCCCAAGAGGUCCGCCUCCUCCAGUGCAGAUGCUGAAAAGUCCUCCCUGUCAAUGAAAUUCAAGAGUGGGCGGGACAUCCUGAAGGAGUACUACCUGAAGCACCGCUUUCUCAGUGAGCAAGACCUAGAUGAACUUGUUGCAAAGAGCAACAUGAGCUAUGAACAGGUGAGGGAGUGGUUUGCUGAAGUCCAGCGACGGUUGGAUGUGGGGCUUGAUCCCUUCCAGAAUCCAGCUGCAGGGGCAAAUGAUCGACGCGAGGAAGGAGGAGUGGAGGUAGAGGAGAUGAGGGGAGACUCUGCCACGGCCAAUGAGGAGCAGAAUGCUACGGCAGCGGAGGAGGAGGAGGAUGAUGAUGAAGAAGAAGAUGAGGACGAUGAUGGUGAUGAUUCUGAUGAAAGCGAGGUCUGGGAGCCAUCUCGCAGCGUCAGAAAAUCCAUGUCAGGUUCUGAGGACUAG